CUAACCAUGGUUUCCCUCUUCCAGGACCCCAACUGGUACAAAGCCAAAAACAAGGUGGGACGCGAAGGGAUUAUCCCAGCCAACUAUGUUCAGAAGCGCGAAGGGGUGAAAACUGGUAUCAAGCUCAGCCUCAUGCCCUGGUUUCACGGGAAGAUCACGCGGGAGCAAGCGGAGCGGCUGCUCUACCCUCCGGAGACGGGCCUGUUCCUUGUGCGCGAGAGCACCAACUACCCGGGCGACUACACCCUCUGCGUCAGCUGUGAAGGCAAGGUGGAGCAUUACCGCAUCAUCUACUCCUCCAGCAAGCUGAGCAUCGACGAAGAGGUCUACUUCGAAAACCUCAUGCAACUCGUGGAGCACUACACCUCGGACGCGGAUGGGCUCUGCACUCGCCUCAUGAAGCCGAAGGUCAUGGAGGGCACCGUGGCAGCGCAAGACGAAUUCUCGCGGAGCGGAUGGUCCCUCAAUAUGAAAGACUUGAAGCUGCUACAGACUAUUGGGAAGGGAGAGUUUGGAGAUGUGAUGCUGGGUGAUUACCACGGAAACAAGGUGGCCGUGAAAUGCAUCAAAAAUGACGCCACCGCACAAGCCUUCUUAGCCGAAGCUUCAGUGAUGACGCAGCUUCGGCAUAGCAAUUUGGUCCAGAUGUUGGGGGUGAUCGUGGAGGAGAAAGGGGGCCUCUACAUUGUCACAGAAUUUAUGGCAAAGGGAAGUUUAGUCGACUAUCUUCGUUCCCGUGGAAGAUCUGUGUUGGGGGGCGAGUGUUUGCUGAAGUUUUCUUUAGACGUCUGCGAAGCCAUGGCGUACUUGGAAGCCAACAACUUUGUUCACCGGGACUUGGCGGCGAGGAAUGUGUUGGUCUCGGAGGACAAUAUUGCUAAAGUCAGUGACUUUGGGUUGACCAAGGAAGCUUCGUCCACCCAAGACACCGGCAAGCUCCCGGUGAAAUGGACAGCACCAGAAGCACUUAGAGAAAAGAAAUUUUCAACCAAAUCAGACGUAUGGAGCUUCGGAAUUCUUCUCUGGGAAAUCUAUUCCUUUGGGCGAGUGCCUUAUCCGAGAAUUCCUCUGAAGGACGUGGUCCCUCGUGUGGAAAAGGGGUACAAGAUGGAAUCUCCGGAUGGCUGCCCCCAGAUUGUCUACGAGGUGAUGAAAAAAUGCUGGACUUUGGAUGCCGCCCACCGGCCGUCCUUCCACCAAUUACGGGAACAGCUAGAGCAUAUCAAAGCCAGCGAGCUCUACCUGUGAAGCCGACCGGAAGGGCAGGGCUUCUUUCGGACACGCCCUCCCCCGCCCUCUCCCCUGGGCACAGACCUCAGGGGCGAGGCCAGGCGAAGAAACCCCCCCUUUCCCCCCUUCCGCCCCCCCCCGGCGAGCCGGGUGGUUGGGUUUUUGUUUUCCAGGAAUCCAAAUUUCUACACUGUCUUUAAAGAGAAACCUAAGGACCUUGGACCGCUCCCCGGGGGCCCGAUGGGUAGGUGGGGAGCCUAUCCCCCCCCCCAUCCUCGCCCAAGGGAGCCUCUCUCAGCUGGACCCACCUGAAGAUGGACACGUGGGAACCAACCCAGAGGUGUUCACUUCUCCUUCCUGCCCUUUAAAAACAAACAAACGAAAAUCUGUCUCGUCGCCAGGGUCCAUCGUAUUCAUAUUUUAAGUUGCAUGUUCUUUUCCAGCGUUGUUGAGUCCCUCUUUUCUUCUUCGUGGACUCCCCUCCUUUCAUUCAUCCCCACCUCCUUCUUCCCACCUACCUUUUUUCAGCCUCCUUCUGGAACCAAACAUGUACAGGUUCUUGUUUCGUAGGGAAAUUUAAGAAGGGCGGACCAUGCCAAAAAAAAAAAAAAAAAAGAAUGGGGGGGAAAAUGGUAGGACAGCUAUUAAAAGGUGCCGAUUUUCUUGGCGGGGGGAAGAAAGAGACUUUCUUUAACUUUCUCCAAAAAGACUCCCGAGCGCUGGAAUUCACAGUCUAGUAUCCUCUUCUUUCUGAAUAGGCCUUUUUUUUUUUUUUUAAAGAGAGAAUUGGUUUUUGUUCCUUUUUAAAAAAAAUAAUAAUACUCAGUUUUGUUUUUUUAAGGAGAAAAAAAACUAUUAAGGUUUAAUCGUGAGGUUGAUUAAUAGGUUUCGAACUGCACCAGAAAUCCGCUGUUUGGCUGGGUUUUUUUUUUUUUUACUCAAGUUACAGAUCUUAUUUUUUUAAUGUCAUGAAUAAAAUGGGAUUUGGUUUUGUGUUUUUUUUAAAAAAAGAAGAAGAAACACCUGCGUGCCCAGGGAAACCCUGCCUUACCUGAAUCAGGUCUUGACCAAACCAAGGCGGUGUUUCUUCUCACACACAAAAAAAAAACCACCGCAGAGCCACCCAGGAAAGGGGUUUGGAUGGGGUUUUUGUUCUGUUUUUGUUUCUUUUAGUUCUUGCUUCAAACAGUGUUUGCAUGCUGCCUCCAGAAUCCCUUCCCAGUUGUGUCUUUAUGCUCAUAUUAUGCUGCCAACUGUGAGAUUAAGCUGCAUUAAAAGAAAAGGAAAAAAAAACCCC